AUGAGUUAUCUUAGUGAAAUAUAUACAAUUCCAGUAGUUAAACGUUACGUUUCAACAACACUAUCAAUGUCUAAUUUUAUUAGAAUUAAUUUUAAAUUAAUAUCUUUUUUUUUACCUUUAAUUAUAUCAUUUAGUAGUUUUGGAUUUUGGUUAAAGGUUAAUUUUUUUAAAGAACAACCAAAAUUAAAAUUUACCAAAGAAUAUAUGAUAUCAUUAGAUUAUAAUGAUAAAAAAAUAUUUUGGAGUAGUUUCCAAAAUUAUAAUGAAUUGUAUAAAAAUAAUUUAGUUAUACCUUCAUUAAAUUUUAUUGAGAUGGAUAGUAAUUUUGACAAAAUAAUGGAUUCAAUACAAAUUGAUAUGACCUUUGAUAAUGUCACAAAAAAUAAUAAUACAAUAGGAAGAAUAUUUUUUGGUUUUUUAUUUGAAACUAUAUUAGAUUAUAGAAUUAAUUGGAAAUUUAAAACUUUUGUUAUGGGAGAAUAUUUUUUAUUAAAAAAUGGUCCUAUUAAUCAAAUUAAUUGUUUUGGUGAUCUUUAUUUAGAAAGUAUCAAUGAAUAUAUAGAUAUGAAUGAUAUGAAUAAAAAUAUCAAUAUUACGCAAAAUAUAUUAAAUACAACAGAUAUUUCAAUUGAUUUAUUUUAUAAAUAUAUAAGAGAUAUAAAAUAUAGUUUGGAGGGAAGAAAAUUUAUUUGUAAUACAAUGUAUAAUAUUAAUUCAACAAGUACAAAUUUAUCUUUUAGUUAUAAAAUACCAGAACAAAUAAUAUUUUAUAAAACAUCAAUUUUUGAAUUAAUUAAAUGGGGCUUAAUACAAUAUAUCACAUUUGCAAUCUUGAUACGUUCUUUUUUAAAUCAAUUUUUAAAGUUUUUAUGUAUCAAUAAUUGUUUAGACACUUGGAUUGAUAAAUAA